AUGGAGCCCGUCUUCCAAGGGACCCAAGGCCUCUCUGAACAAGACCGAGCUUUGUUCAACAAGUACGGCCGGGGACAGAGCCUACUUCGCCCCUUCACCCUCGUCCACAAGGCUUUCGAACACUUUGCCGACAUUCAGUCGGACCACACGGCAGCUAGUCACAACGGCGCCACCAUCACCUAUGGCGAACUCGACCGUCAGGCCAACCGCCUUGGCAAUCUUCUUGUCCUACAGGGGCUUCGUCCGCGCCAACGCGUCUGCAUCGUUGCUCAAAGGUCCAUCCCCAUGCUCGUCGCCAUCCUUGCUGUUCUCAAGACUGGCUGCCAGUAUGUCCCCAUUGAUGGCGGCGUUGUCACUGAGGAGAUGUUGUCGCACAUCUUCCGAGACGCCCAGCCGCCCGUCGUUCUUUGUCUGAGCAAGUUCGAAGACAAGGUGAAGCGAGUGGCGGCUUACAAUCAGCACGUCUGCGCCAUUGAUACUGCCCAGCCAGCCACUUCGGAUCAUCGACUUGCUGUAGACGUGGAUGAGAAGGAUGGAGCCUACAUCAUCUACACUAGCGGAACCACCGGCAUGCCCAAGGGCGUCGACGUGGCCCACGGCAACGUCACCAACACCUUGUGCCUCUCGCCUGCCAACCUUCAAAUCGGCCCCGGUAGCAGGGUAUGCCAAGUGCUCAAUGUUUCAUUCGACAUGGCGGCUUGGGAGAUCCUUGGCUGCCUGAUGAAUGGUGGCACGCUGGUCUUGCGCACUUCCGACUGGGCUGCCUGCCUUCGUGAGGCCGACACCUUGAUUUGCACUCCAUCCAUCCUGGGGAAAUACCGAAAGGCCGACUAUCCGAAUUUAAAGGCCAUCGCCGUCGGGGGAGAACGAUGCCCGCAGUCGCUGGCCGACGAGUGGGCGGUUGACUCGACCUUUGUGAACAUUUGCGGCCCAACCGAAAUCACAAUCCUCAACACUGCUCACGUCCAUGUUCCGGGACAGGAGCUGAGCAUCGGAAAACCAAUUCCCAACACGAACGUCUACAUCCUCGACGAAGAUGAACAGCCCGUUCCUACCGGCCAAGUCGGCUGCAUGUGGGUCGGCGGGAAAGGCGUAUCGCGUGGUUACCUCAACCUUCCUGAAUUGACUGCAUCGCGGUUCAAGCGGGAUCGCUUCUCGGACGAUGGGAGCAUGAUGUUCAACACGGGCGAUCUUGUUCGUUGGCGCGACGAUGGCUCACUCGAGAUUCUCGGUCGCGCGGAUGACCAGGUCAAGAUCCGUGGAUUCCGUGUUGAGCUGGAUGGGAUAUCUUCAGUUGUCGAGAAAUUUGCCAACAUCGAGAAAGCCUGCACUCUCUUGAUCGACGAUGCACUCUGGGCUUUUUGUGCGACACCCACCGAGAUUGAUGCAGACGCCAUGGCCCAGCAUACGCAAAAGUAUCUGCCGUACUACGCCAUCCCAUCAAAGUGGAUCGUGAUGGCUAGCAUGCCCCUUACGGCCAACGGCAAGAUUGACAAACGACAGCUGAAGGAGCUGGCCGCCCAGCGCUCCCCUGGCCAGCCUCCAGUCUCUCCACCGGAAACUCCUCCAGAGUCGCUGAGGCUUGCAGACUCCAAGGAGCUGGGGAACGCAGAUGCCGAGAAGGGAGUUGUUGUCACAGCUGCUUCGUUGAAUUCGCUGGACGAGAAAGAGGAGGACAAGUUUGUGCUUCCAGAGAAGAACGGCAUGCACGGAGAGCGCUGGGUCCGCCAUCGCUUCUUUUCGCUCUACAGGAGGUUCUUCUCGGUGGUGUGGAUUGCGAACCUCGUUCCCGUCGUGGUGCUGGCCUCGGAUUACUGGACAACGCACACGCUGAGCCUCCAAAGCAUGACAACAGCCACGGCGGCGAACCUGACUUUUGCGGUUUUGAUGCGGCAGGAGUACGUCAUCAACCUGUUGUUCGACCUAGCCACGGCUGUUCCAACCUCGGUUCCUCUCUGCAUCCGCCGCCAGUGUGCCCGCGUCUUCCACAUCGGGGGACUGCACAGCGGAUGCGCCACGAUGGCCACGCUCUGGUUCGCAGCCUUUGUCGUGUCGGCAACGAGGUAUUACGCCAUGGGUGAGCCGAGCGUCCCGAUCAGCCUCGCGGCUCUGGUGGUGAGCUACCUCGUGGUGCUGCUGCUGGUGGGCAUGAUCAUCAUGGCCUACCCGGCGAUUCGGAUCAAGCACCAUGACUCGUUUGAGAUCGUGCACCGUUUCGCAGGCUGGGUGGCUUUGGCCUUGAUCUGGGUGCAGACAGUCCUCACGACCGACUCUCUCCGCGGCCCGGUGCCGCUCGGCGACGCACUCGCUCGCAGCGCCGGGUUCUGGCUCGUCGUGGUCAUCACCAUCAGCAUCGUGCUGCCGUGGACGCGUCUCCGCAAGGUCAAGGUACGGCCGGAGAAGCUGUCGGACCACGCGAUCCGGCUGCACUUCGACUACACGGACACGGUGCCGGGCACGGCGGUGCGGCUCUCGGAGCGGCCGCUGCUCGAGUGGCACGCGUUCGCGACGGUCAGCGCGCCGGGCAAGAAGGGCUUCUCGCUCGUGGUUUCAAAUGCCGGCGACUGGACCAGGCGGCAGAUCGAGCGCUGCCCCACGGAGCUCUGGGUCCGCGGCAUCCCGGCGUGCGGCGUGCUGCGCAUCGCCCCCCUGUUCAAGCGCGUCGUGCUCGUCGCCACGGGCAGCGGCAUCGGCCCCUGCCUGCCCGUCAUCCUGGCCAGGCGCGUGCCGUGCCGCAUCUUCUGGUCCACCCCGCACCCCGAGCAGACGUUUGGCUCCGAAAUCGUGCGCGCCGUUUACGACACGGACCCCGAUGCCGUCGUGCAUAAUACCCGCACUAUGGGCAAGCCCGACAUGGUCGCCAUCUCGUAUCACCUGUGGAAGGAGUCCGGCGCCGAGGCCGUGUGCAUCAUCUCGAACAAGAAGCUGACCCAGAAGGUCGUCUAUGCCAUGGAGGCCCGUGGCAUUCCCGCCUAUGGUGCUAUUUUUGAUUCUUGA